AAAUCAAGAUUAGAUACACUCAUGUUAUUUUAGGUUAGUUGACAAACUUAACUAUCAAGUAUUCAAAGCACACAGGAUUAGAAAAAUUAAAAUCUGAUAUAUUUUUCCAUUUAAUAGACCUGUUACUAGCUUCUGUUCUGUUCCUUCCAUUCCAAGUCUUUCUUUCUUUAUACGACAAACAGUUUUUAAAGAAGCUAGCACCUUCAAGAACCUCCAAAGCUUAUAUUAUAUAUAAGCCUGGUAAGUUGGUAGCAGAGCUUACAAAUCUAAAACAAAGGCUGAGAGAGAUAUAGAGAAAUGGAAAACGCUCGUAACGUUGGGAUAGCCAUGGAUUACUCUCCGACUAGCAAGUUAGCUCUCCGUUGGGCAACUGAAAAUCUGAUCAAUUCUGGGGAUUUGAUUAUUCUUAUCCAAGUUCAGCCGCCUAAUUCUGAUCAUACCAGGAAGCUUCUCUUCGAAGCCACCGGAUCACCUUUGGUGCCUCUUGAGGAAUUGAGAGAGAUAAACUAUUCAAAGCAGUAUGGCCUGACUCAUGAUCCUGAGGUUCUUGAUAUCCUUGAUACUGUCUCCAGGACCAAAGGGGCUAAGGUGGUAGCAAAGGUUUAUUGGGGAGAUCCAAGGGAGAAACUGUGUGAUGCUGUGGAUGAUCUCAAGCUUGAUGCUCUUGUCAUUGGAAGCAGAGGUUUAGGCCCUAUUAAAAGGGUAUUACUUGGAAGUGUGAGCAAUUAUGUGGUGAUAAAUGCUACAUGUCCAGUUACUGUGGUUAAAGGUGCACAUCCAUCCAAACCAUAAAUUAUUACAUAUGCUUAUGCUUUGAGAGCUUCGACAAAUUGAUGUGGUUUGAGUUAUUGAGUGAAAGCUAUGGUAUUGCUUGAGAUAUUUUUAUAUAUAAUGAAUUCAAUGUGUGGUUUUUUAUAAUUGGCUAAGGUCUUUGUAUGACUUGUUGUCUUUCUUUUGGCAUUUUGCAAUUAUUGUUAUGAAAAAGAUAAGUAUUGAUCAA